GUUUCCAUGUUGUCGGAUUCUUUAUCGCCGUUCGCCAUUCAUUUCUGUGUAUUUAUGCUUGGAUUCAUUUGCAAAACCUUAUAUUUCUUCUAAAACAAUGGCAGAUUCCUUGCAUAAGAAUUUCGAGACGCUACGUAGCAUCUUUGACGAAGUGCUCAGGAUGAAAAAUAGUACUGGAGAACGCGAUCGUUCUGAGGAAUUUACCGAGAAACGCAAGUAUGCUUCACUGCUGUUCGUGUUGAUCAAGAAAGUAAAUCGGAUGGUGAAGUACAGCCUUCGCUCUGGACGUGAAGAUUUGCAUCGCGAAAAAGUGCGCGUAGACAGCAAUCGAUUGCACCUACAGAAUUUGCUAUACGAGGUCAAUCACUUGAAGCGUGAAAUACGAUAUUGCCACAAAUUCAAGAGUCAAGAUGAAGACAUUGAAUUGGUGCCAGAAAAUGAAGAACCAACUGAGAAUGAUAAAGAGCUCAUGCCCACGAACGUGUCGCCAUUGUCAGGACAUGCCAAGCAUUUGGCUCGCCUGGAGCGUGAGUUGAAUUUGCGUAAGCAGCUGGCAGCACAAUGCAAAGAACUACUGAAUACAAAGCAGCAAGUUUUCAGGGAUAUCGUUUUGAAAACAGAGAAACUUACAUCGUUUGCGCCAUCAUUGCGUACUUUGAUGAAAGCCACACGGCCGUUGCAAGAAGCUCUUCAAGUACCAAUGGAUCGUGAAUGGAAAUUGCAACAGUUAGUGCAGCUAUUGCCUCGACCACUUUAUUUAGCUUACAUGAAUAUACACGCAAUAGAGUUAGCAAAAGAAUGCGAUGUUUGUGUAGUAGUUUUGGGUUGUGAAGAUGAUGUGCGACAACUGGAAUUGGCUGCGCAAACAGAAACAAUUAAGAGUGGCGCUAGUUCGGACACAGAUGAGAUAGACGUAAGCAGUGUUGCAAAGAAACGUAAAACUCACGGCGGUAAUAGCGAAUUACUAGUAGAUUUAAUGCAGGAACAGCGCAAGCGUAUUUUACAACCACACCCGCUUGAAGUACGCUUCACAAUUGGCAAUGGUGCGAAAAGUAUGGAUGAGUCCAUAGCAGUAAAACUUCGUUACUUUAAGCGACUGGGCUUUAUUACUGCUGCAACGGUGGUCAGCUUGAGUGAUGCAGAUCAGAGCUUUGCAGAUGCAACGCUAACUCAAGACGUGCUUAAGUAUUUGAAUGAUGACGAUAUGGGCGAAACCAUACCCGUACCAGGUGCAGAAUAUGAGCUGAAAAACAUAAAUAUGACUACAAAAGAAUGUGUCGAAUAUUUGAACUCUAAAGAUUACGGACGCCCCUACCGUUGGCUGCAGACCAUGUGCUGUAUUGAAGUGUUCAACGAAAUCAGUGAUGCAUCAGAAUCCGUCGUCGUACCAGAACCACCAAAGUUGCAGAAAUUGAUCCCAGAUUUAAUUAAAUCUAUACAGCACCUUUGGACUUCGCGCUUGAAUUUGAUCAAACAAAUACGCGCCUUGGUGCAAAAGCAAAUCGAUUUGUAUCUGAAAGAAGAACGUUUGCCUACAACACGACCUGCAUGUAGCCUCGUGCAGUGGACAGCACUCACUUACGAAGAGUACUUGUCAUCGGCGCCUUACACCGAUUGCGAACUCAUCAAUGGCAAUCAACUCUUCUAUCGCGCUGUAGUCGUGCGCGGCUCAGCCAAAAUGGAAUGUCUAGUUAGUAUAAGUAGUAAAUUUCCUGCCGAAAGUCCAAUCUGGUUUAUAUGCAUUUACUGGAAUGGCCAGCAUAAUGCCGCAAACAGUGCAGCAGUAAAAUCAAUGGAGUUUUGGACAAAUUCAUUGACACAAGCGAUGCUCCAACAUCCAUUGGCGUUAUUGGCCACUCAACUAGUGCGUACAAUGUACAGUUUUGAUAUAUUCUUGGAGACGGAGGGUCCACUCUACAAUCCCGUGGAGUAUCAUCGGGAGAAACACUACAUAAAGGCAUUUGCAAAGCGUAUACGCGCUAGACCAUACCGUUAUAUUGAAGGCGGCACUGUCAAUACAUUUAAGCAGUAGGUUUUAGGAAAUAUUUUCUAUUUUCUGAAAUUAGCUUAGACGUAUUAAAUAAAUUAAUAGUGCAUAAUUUCUAUUAAUAGUGAAUUUUGCGUUUACUGUUUAGUGUUGAAAAGUUUUAUUAAGCGAAAAUACAUACUUGCUUCAAAAUUAACUAUAGCAAAAUA